AUGAAACGAGCCAAACAAAUCAACGAACUCAAUCAGAAAGAACUUGCUCUCGGAUAUACCAACACUCCCUCUUCGUGGCAUCAACAAGAAAAAAACAAAACAGCUUAUAUUUAUGUCGGAGGUUUGGAUUAUCGACUCACCGAAGGAGAUUUACUUUCUGUAUUUUCUCAAUAUGGAGAAAUUGUGGAUAUUGAUUUGGUUCGAGAUGAAAAUGAAUUAACGAGUAAAGGAUUUUGUUUUAUUGCCUAUGAAGAUAUCCGAUCAACAAUAUUGGCUAUUGAUAAUUUGAAUGGAAUUGAGUUGGGGAGUAGAAUUAUUUGUGUGGAUCAUGCUCCGAAUUAUUACAAGAAAAUUGUGGAGGAUCCUGCUGACGAGAAUAAAAAGACUCACAACAUGGACGAAAUUCAAGAUAUCAGAGAGAACAAAAAGAGCAACUCAAACCGAAAUUGUUUGAAAAUAUGGAAAAGGAUGGAAUUAUUUACAAGAGGCCGCUUCAGAGUUUGGGAACCAUCUCAACCACAAUGGAACAGAGACAAAGCAUGGAUUGGACUAUUGAUCAUGAUGCCAUGA